CAAGCACAAACAAAAAGGCAGACCGAAAGGGUAACCAGGUAUUCCGUGGUGACGGUAAAAGCAAAAAAGUAAAGAAGAAGAAGAGGAAGAAAAGAAAGUACAGUAUACAGCAGUAGCUAGCUGCUUAGAGGCACACAUGUUUUGCUAGCCGGCGCCAAAUAUUCUUUCUUUCUUUCUUUGCAUAAUUUAUUUUCUUUCACUUUCUCGGUCUUUCUUAACUAAAACCCAGACCCAAACCAAAUUAAAAACCCCAUAACAUUCUCUUCAUUUUAAUACCCUUUUUCACUUCUUCUUUGUCUCUCUCUGUUCUCUUUCUUCUUCUUUUUAUCUCCUGAUUACACUAUAACACACUGCACUGCACUGCUCUUUUUGUGUUUGUGCUUCUUGAUUCUUGAAGAAUCUGAUGAUGGAGAAUGGUUUUUCUUCACCUCGAAGUGAUGCUUUUCCUGCUGGUCUUCGUGUUCUUGUUGUUGAUGAUGAUCCUACUUGGUUAAAAAUUCUUGAAAAAAUGCUCAAAAAGUGCUCUUAUGAAGUGACCACCUGUGGGUUAGCAAGAGAUGCUCUGUACCUGCUUCGUGAGAGGAAAGAUGGAUAUGACAUUGUGAUCAGUGAUGUGAACAUGCCUGAUAUGGAUGGUUUUAAGCUUCUAGAGCAUGUUGGAUUGGAGAUGGAUCUGCCAGUCAUCAUGAUGUCUGUUGAUGGAGAAACAAGUCGGGUAAUGAAAGGUGUUCAGCACGGAGCGUGCGAUUAUCUCCUUAAGCCAAUAAGAAUGAAAGAACUCAGAAAUAUAUGGCAGCAUGUUUUCAGAAAGAAGAUACAUGAAGUUAGAGACAUUGAGAUUUUGGAAGGAAUGGAAAGUAUACAAAUGGCUAGAAUUGGAUCAGAUCACUCUGAUGAUGGCUACUUAUUUUGUGGAGAAGAUCUGACAUCAGUCAAGAAAAGAAAAGAUAUUGAAAACAAGCAUGAUGACAAAGAUGGAGAGAGUUCAACCACAAAGAAAGCUAGAGUAGUUUGGUCUGUAGAUCUUCACCAAAAAUUUGUCAAAGCCGUGAAUCAGAUAGGGCCUGAUAAAGUUGGCCCAAAGAAAAUACUGGACUUGAUGAAUGUGCCAUGGUUGACAAGAGAAAAUGUUGCAAGCCAUUUGCAGAAAUACCGUCUCUAUUUGAGUAGAUUACAAAAGGAAAAUGACUCGAAAACUUCUAUUGGUGGGAUUAAGCAAUCAGAGUCUUCUUUGGGAGAAUCUGCUGGUAGUUUUGGUACUCAAAACUCAAUCAACAUGCAGCAGAAAGAUGUUUCUAAUGGCAACUACGGAUUUUCUGGUAAUAGCUUAUUUGUCCAGAAUACAGAGCCUAGAAACCAUGAGAGUGAGAAAAAAGGCAUUGUUUUAAAGAAUGCUGCAGAAAGCAGAAGAGCUUUAACUGUGGAUAUUCCUGAAACUCGCAAGUCCAGGAGUUCACAGGUGGAAUUUGGCCACUCUUUUAUAUCUACAGCAUCAGAAGUAAACUUUGGAGCAAUUGGUUCAAGCUUUCCAACACAGUACUCUUGGUGUGAGAUUCCACAGAUACAAAUGAAACAAGAACCUAAGCCUCUUCAAUUAGAUGAUGGGUUCAAUAAGCUUCAAUUGCCUGGUCAACAGCAGCACAUUCAAGCUGAUUACCCGCAGCCAGUGCCACCUGUCAUUUCUGGUUCAUCUAUAACUGAAAGAGAUAUAGAUGGUCCUAAAAUUAAGCCCUUGUAUGAGAGCAAGCAGAAUGCUAGCCAUGUAACUUCAACAGGGGGUGCAAUUGACUCUAGCCAUAUUCAAACAAAGACCUUUGUGCCCAAUAACCAAGUUUUUGAGCCCAAUUGCACUAGCACAUCGACCAUAAAAAACCAGGGAUUCAACCCGAAUUGCAUAUCGGACGUGGAAUCUGCACAAAAAAGUGUAAAUUGGGGAAUGUCGCCUUUGGAUGAUGACUUUCAAGUCUGCUGGUUUCAAGGUGAUUAUUAUGCCAUGAAUGUUGGACGCCAAAACAUUGAGCUUCCAGAGAAUUAUGACCCCGGGCUCAUUGCUGAUGUUCCAACACACUUGUAUGACGCAGUCAGGUUUGACUGUGACAGUACUCUCCUCUAUGACCUUACAGAAUAUUCCUUAGUGGAACAAGGUUUGUUUAUUGCAUGACCUUGCUCCAUUGCUCCACCUUUUGUGGAACUUCACCAUUUCCUAUUUAUUUUGAAUGACCAAUCCAUAGAGCCGUCUUUCAAUUCUGUGAAUUGGGACAUUGUUUUGCCCAUCAGCCAUGGCCUCAGAUGCUGAAACAUGUAUAACAGGGGUAGCCACAAACGCUAAGCAUAAUAAGUUUUUGCUUCUUCAGGUUUCUCUAACAUGCUACCUACAUUAUUAGUGUUGUAUAUGUAUGUAUGGUUAAAAGGGGGUGUGCAUAUGGACGCUCGUAGUAACUCUCAUAAUUCCCUGAAAAUUUUGUAUGUAAGCCGCUGGAAGUUGAAUAUAUCAUCUCCCUGAAAAUGUUUUUCUAGCUUUUAA